GGGUCAGAGCCCGAAUGCGGAUGCCCAGCCUCAGAGCCACGAGGGGUUGUUGCCAUGGGGAUGGAGAGGGGGCUCGCCGGCAGCAUCUGGAGCCCGUGCCUCUCCCCGUCCGAGGCAGCUGGAUCCGGAGCGAGGCAAAACUAAAAGGAGGUGGCAGGGAGAGACAGAGGCACAGCAAAAUGCAUGCAUGUUAGAGGAGGGACCUUCCCAGAAUGAGAGUACGGCGGGAUACAGCGGAGCGGGGACACCGAACUGUCGGGCAGCGCUGGCUCGGCCGGCUGGGACAGAGCUGAUUUUCUGCUCUGAUUGACGCCGGGAACGAGCCCGCUGUGAGCCCAGCCGCGGCAAGAUGGGAUCGGCCUCCUCCACUUACCGGCCCAAAUGCAUUUAUUUGGACAUUGACGGGAGAAUCCAAAAGGUGAUCUUCAGUAAAUACUGCAAUUCCAAAGAUAUUAUGGACCUUUGCUGCAUUGCAACAGGGCUACCGAGGAACACCACCAUCUCCCUUCUGACAGCAGACAACUGCAUGGUGUCCAUUGAUCCCACGAUGCCUGCCAACACUGAGAGGUCUCCAUACAAAGUGAUCCCAGUUAUGACUGAGCAUCUCUCAGAGAAAGAAGAAUUGUUCCAGAAUUUAUUGGGACAGAUUGCUGAGCAGUUCUCGAGGGUUUUUAAAAUCAAUGAACUGAAAACGGAAGUAGCUAAUCACUUGGCAAUGCUGGAGAAAAAGGUUGAAUCGGAAGGCCUGAAGGUGGUGGAGAUUGAGAAAUGCAAGCGUGACAUUAAAAAGAUGAGGGAGGAAAUGGCAGCAAGGAGCAGCAGGACUAACUGUCCCUGCAAGUACAGCUUUUUGGAUGAAAACAAGAGGCCAGCUCCACGGAGGGAUGUACCAUCCUACCCGAAGUACAUGCUGUCCCAGGAGACCAUCGAGGCUCUGCGGAAACCGACUUUUGACGUGUGGCUGUGGGAGCCCAACGAGAUGCUGAGCUGCUUGGAGCACAUGUACCACGACCUUGGGCUGGUAAAAGACUUCAACAUCAAUCCCAUCACCCUGAAGAGGUGGCUGCUGUGCAUCCACGACAAUUACAGGAACAACCCCUUCCACAAUUUCCGGCACUGCUUCUGCGUCACCCAGAUGAUGUACAGCAUGAUCUCGCUCUGCAGCCUCCAGGAGAAAUUUUCCCAAAUUGACAUUUUGAUUCUCAUGACUGCAGCAGUGUGCCAUGACUUGGACCAUCCAGGCUAUAACAACACGUACCAGAUCAACGCGCGGACGGAGCUGGCCGUGCGCUACAACGACAUCUCCCCGCUGGAGAACCACCACUGUGCCGUGGCCUUCCAGAUCAUCUCCCAGCCCGAGUUCAACAUCUUCUCCAACGUGGACCAGGACCAGUUCAAGCAGAUCAGACAGGGGAUAAUUACGUUAAUCCUGGCUACAGACAUGGCGAGACAUGCAGAAAUACUGGACUCUUUCAAGGAAAAAAUGGAAAACUUUGAUUACACAAAUGAAGAACACAUGACCUGUCUGAAGAUGGUGCUGAUAAAAUGCUGUGACAUCUCCAACGAAGUCCGCCCGAUGGAGGUGGCAGAGCCCUGGGUAGAUUGCUUGCUGGAGGAGUAUUUUAUGCAGAGUGACCGAGAAAAGUCCGAGGGGCUCCCGGUGGCGCCAUUCAUGGACCGCGACAAAGUGACCAAACCCACGGCACAGAUCGGCUUCCUCAAGUUUGUCCUCAUCCCCAUGUUCGAGACAGUGACCAAGCUGUUCCCAGAAGUGGAGGAGGUGAUGCUCCAGCCUCUGUGGGAAUCCAGGGACCACUAUGAGGGGUUAAAACAGAUAGAUGAUGCUAUGAAAGAGCUGCAGAAACAGAAAAGUGAAGGUUUGACCACCGGCAGUACCGAAAAGUGAGAGGAAACAGCCUUUGAACAAAUAAACCACGAGCCUUGAGGCUGCCCUGCUUUGAGAAAUGCUCCAUUAGCCAAGCAGAGGUGGUGGCUACAUCAAAAUCCAAGUGGGACCAUGCAGGGAGAGAUGGACCCACAGCCUGCAGCCUCCUCACAGAGAUGCUGCUGCCGUCGGACACCGCGGGCUCCCAGACUCCUGAAUUCCCUCUACAGGCUCUGAAUUCCCACCACAGCCUCCUGACAGGAUUGUCCAGGCUCUGAAUUCCCUCCGCAGCCUCCUGGCAGGAUUCCCCAGGCUCCAAUAUUCCCACCACAGCCUCCUGGCAGGAAUCUCCAGGCGCUGAAUUCCCACCACAGCCUCCUGGCAGGAAUCUCCAGGCGCUGAAUUCUCACCAC